AUGCUUCAUAUUGCCGUUUUGGAUCUCAACAAACAGUUUGCGAAUUUGACCGUGGCGGAUAGUAAAUCCGAAGCUACCACUUCGGUCCGACCAAUUUCAAAUUCUCCGGUCAAAAUUCAUACACUGCCUUCUCCGAGAAGGUCCGAGCAAUUUGCACCCACAAUAAGCAGAAGUACAGUCGAAAGCGUACCAAUGUCGAAAGUGAAAACAAAGAAUAUAACUCGGAAAGGUCCCACCAUGAAACUUCCAGACAUAAGUUCCUCAAAAACACCUUUUUCCAACUUCUCGCGAGACCCUUCGGGAAGGCUCAGUUUUAGUGGAAAGGCUAUCCUUCAUGCCAAAGGAGUGGACUUCAGCAAUGGAAAUAGCUAUAAGAUCAAUAUGGAAGAAUUCGAUCUAUUGGAAGAACUCGGAAAGGGUCAAUUUGGAACUGUAAAAAAAGUAUUUCAUAAGCCCACUAACGUUACAAUGGCCAUGAAGGAAAUCCGCCUUGAGUUUGAGGAAUCAAAAUUUAAUCAGAUAUUGAUGGAGCUGGAUAUCCUCCACCAAUCUAGAAACGAAUUUAUCGUUGAAUUCUAUGGUGCUUUCUUUAUUGAAUCUUGCGUGUAUUAUUGUAUGGAAUAUAUGGAUGCAGGAUCUUUGGAUAAGUUAUACGGAAACGGUGUACCGGAAGAUGUGCUCGCUGUCAUCACGAGUUCUAUGGUAAAAGGGUUGAAAUUCUUAAAAGACGAGUUGAAUAUCAUCCAUCGUGAUGUGAAACCCACAAAUGUCCUCGCCAACAGAGUCGGAGAAGUGAAACUCUGUGAUUUCGGAAUUUCUGGUCAAUUAAAACAAUCACUCGCAAGGACUAAAGUUGGAUGUAUAAGUUAUAUGGCGCCAGAACGGAUAUUUGCCGACGCCAGUACUUAUACUGUACAAGCUGAUGUCUGGUCUCUUGGACUCGCUAUGGUUGAACUCUCUACUGGAAAAUACCCCUAUCCCGUUCCUGAUGAUGAAAAAGUAGGAAUGUUCGCGCAGCUUGCUGCCAUUGUCGGAGGAAAUCCGCCAUCAUUACCGGCCGACAAAUUCUCCGAAGAAUGUUGCGAUUUUGUGUCUCAUUGUCUGAACAAAAAUCCUCAAGAUCGUCCGACGUAUGGUCAGCUCUUGGAGCACCCGUUCUUGAAUAAAUACACGAAUGUGGAUAUGAAAUCAUGGGCGGAAAAUGCAUACGCUUCACGGAAGGAUAUUUAUAA